AUGGCGGGGUCCGGCGAGGCUUUGGUGCUCCACGUCCUGCUCUGCUGCCUGUGUGGAGGUGUUGCAAACAUCAAGUGCUCGGGGCACGUCUGGAUCGAGCCCGCGCCGGUGGUGCUGAUGGGCUCCAACAUCUCCAUCAACUGCUUCUCCACCCUUGGCUGCCCCUGGGCCAAGUUCCUCAUCCUCCUCAACUACAGCCUCGCUGAGGGUCCCCUGCACCCCCUCAACAGCAGCACCGUCCAGCUCCAGCUGCGCGAUUUCCAGAUGCCCUUCGGGACCGUCACCUGCUCAGCCCGCUGCCCCAACAGCGAAAGGCAGCAGCUGGUGUGCGGCACCAACGUCCUGUCCGGCUACCCUCCGGACCCCCCCAGCAACCUGACCUGCGCCAUCCACGAGCACUCGGGGCACCUGACGUGCACGUGGGACACGGGGCGGCCGACCCACCUGCCCACCAACUACACCCUCCACCUGCGCAGGUAAGCAGCGGCGGAGGAUGCUGAGACGGAGAAGGUCUUCCUCGUGGGCUCGCCGGUGCCGCUGAGUGAGCUGCGCGGCGGGAGCCGCUACUCGGCGUGGGUGCAGGCCAACAACACGCUGGGCGCUGCCCGCUCGGCCCCCCGGCGCCUCGACCUGCAGGAGCUUGUGGUGCCUGCUCUGCCCCUGGUCGCUGGUGCCGAGACGACGGAGACGUCGCCUCCCACCACCACCAUCCACUGGAGGAGGCAGACGCUGCUGGAGAACGUGCACUGCGAGGAGCGGCAUAGAGCCAUGGGCACCCCGGCAUGGCAUGUGGAGGCAUGGGAUGGUGCGGCGCAGCACGGGCUCCGCUCGCGGCACAACCUGCAGAGUAACACCCAGUACGCGUUUCAGGUCAGGUGCCGGCUCAGCCCUGCCGACAGCCCCUGGAGCGCCUGGAGCACCCCCUUUUUCUACACCACCCCCGAGGCAGCCCCCGCCGCGGCGCCCGACGUCUGGCGGCGCCUGGGCCCGGCCUUCCCGAACGGCAGCCACGAGGUGACGGUCUUGAUCAAGCCCCUGCCGCCGCGGGAUGCCCGCGGGAGGAUCCUGGGCUACGUCGUGGCCGCAGAGAGCUCCGGGGGGGUGCUCCUCCUCUGCAACACCUCCAGCACGGCGUGCAGCAUCCUGGUGCCCCCGGGAACCCGCACCCUCCACGUCACCGCUCACAACUCCAGGGGGGCUUCCAGCCCCGCCAGCAUCACCCUCGGCCGGGAAGAAUUCCCAGCACCGAUGACAGUGGAGGUCAAGCCUGAGAACAGGAGCAGUGUCUCGGUGGCCUGGCAGCCCCCCCAGCGCAGCGGGACGUCCCCGCUCUGGUUCAUAGUGGAGUGGGUUUCCACCGCCCAGUCUAGUCAGGAGCAGUAUUUUUGGAAGAAAGUCCCAUGCCAAGAAACACGCACAUACAUCCAAGAAGCAGCAGCAGGCCGCCUCAGCGUGUCAGUGUACGCAGUCUACCCCGACGGAGUCAGCAAACCAAGCUCUGGCCAAGUCCCUUCGGAGGACCACCAGAUCCUGGGCAGCACCUACAGCGAGAUCUCCCAUGACGAUGACAUUGGAGUUUUCCUGGGACUGGGCGUCAGCAUGGUCAUAUUAUCGGUUGUUUUUGCCAUUCUGAUGUUUAAAAAAUCAGCCAGAAAAAGAAUUAACGCCACCGUCGUGUCGCUUUUGCCAAAGUGGCUGUUUGAAGACUUUCCUCAUGUGGAAAACAGCAGCGUGAUAAAGUCACUUCAGGAAAAGAGCGAUUUCACGAGCAGCAGUUUCCAUGAGCCAUUCUUGGACACCGGUGACUCCACAGUUACGGAAAUCGAGGAGGUGCCAGCACCCAUGGGGUACAAGAACGUGGCCACCAGAAGGAAGCCCAGCAGAGAGGUCCCCGAGGCCGGGGAGCGCCCGGGGAGCACAGCGCCUGCCAGCAUCACGGCCCCCGAGCAGAUCAGUGACUACAAACCUCAGGUGUCCGACGGGAAGACGCCGGGGUACGUAGCUGCCAACCUUUACCAAACACAGCCCCCCGCGCCCCUCCCAGAACCGGAGACGAACAUCUUCUUCAGAGACUACACGAGCCCUGUUCCCCACCUGUGGGACGGGGAGGGAGAGGGGCACCACGUCUGUCUGCUGGAGAAGAUCAACCUCAUCUUAAACAGCAGCCGGAGCGGGCAAAGCCACGCGUUCGGCCCAGCCCAGGGGGGACACGGGUCCCUCCUGGAGAACCAGUGGGGACAGAUGCUGGCCAGCGAUGUUCAAGAGCAAACACUGGUCCCCGAAGAGCUGGUCUCCUGCCUGAGAGCCAUGAACGGGGAGUCGGUGGAUAUAAAGACCUGCUUUCCGCAAAGCAUCGGAAGAUUAUUUUGA